UUGGUGAAACAUAAUUUGACAUCGCGUGUUUUUCUUGUGUUUUUUCAAUUGGAAUUUUGUGGAAAAUUUUGUGAAUAGGCAAUUUCCUCCCAAAUAAUGCUUAAAUGACUCUCGUGCGCUAAAUAGUGUGUCCAAGAACAAAAUGUCAGCUGCACUCGAGCAUUUUGUCAAUAAUGUACGCACACAGAGUGCUUCAGGGAAUUUCCGGGAAUUGGCCGACUCCUGCAAUCAGACAGCAUUGGUUCUAGCUAAGAAUACCAACUAUCUCGAUAAUGUUCUUGAAACGUUGGACUUUCAGCAGCAUUCGCUGGGGGUUCUGUAUGUUUUGGUGGCGAAGUUCAACAAUUUGACGGGAACCCCCGAGGAAGCUGACAGCAUCAUUAGCCUUGUUAGGGAAUUCAUAUCCAUUUGCAAUGGGGAACAAAUACGAUUCUCUCCACAAACCUUUGGGGAACUGUGUCACCUGUUCACGGAUUAUCUCGUCAAACACCAAAUCCCUUGCAUUCAGGGCAUCCCAAUUCUAGCGCAGGCCAUCGAUAAGAUCCGCUUAUUUGACACCCAACUCACCGCCAUCCACGCAGAUCUCUGUCAGCUCAGCUUUUGCGCCAAAGUCUUCACACCUGUGCUGAAAUUCUUGGAUACGGACAUCACAGCGAUUGCCUCCACCGAGGACAGCAAUCAUGAUGCCAAAUACUUCCUCUUGUACUACUACUACGGCGGCAUGAUCUACACAGCGGUGCACAACUACGAGAGAGCCCUGUACUUCUUCGAGGUGGCUGUUUCCACACCAGCACUCGCCAUGUCCCACAUUAUGUUGGAAUCCUACAAGAAAUUCCUUCUUGUCUCACUAAUUCUCCAUGGGAAAAUCAUGCCGAUCCCAAAGUACUCCUCUCAGGUUAUUACGCGCUUCAUGAAGCCCCUCAGUCAUGCCUACCACGAACUGGCGAAUGCCUACGCAACGGCAUCCAGUGAGGAGACACGGAAUAUCAUCAACAAGUACCGAGAAACCUACAGGAAUGACAACAAUUUGGGACUUGUACAGCAGGUUGCCAGAUCUCUUUGCAAGAAAAACAUCCAGCGACUAACAAAGACUUUCUUGACGCUCUCAUUGGCCGAUGUUGCGAGUCGCGUUCAACUUUCCGGGCCUGCUGAAGCGGAAGAGUACAUUUUGAAUAUGAUAAAAUCCGGAGAGAUUUUUGCAUCAAUCAACCAGAAGGAUGGGAUGGUGGUGUUCAAGGAUGAUCCGGAAAAGUACGAUUCACCGGAUAUGUUUCUCAAGGUGCAGGACGACAUGGCGCGCGUAAUGGAGCUCAAUAAGCAAAUUAUAAAGAUGGAAGAGGAGAUUAUGCUGAAUCUCUUGUAUGUGAAGAAAUCAAUUGGGAAUCAGGAUGAGGAUUUAAUUAGUGGACAUUCAAAGUCCUUUGUUGGCGAUCCAAGUGAAUAAGAGAACAAUGCGGUAUGUAAGUAAAUCAGAGUGUUGCAGAUGAUCGGAUGGUGAGUCAAUGAAAUGAGAUUUGUUAUUAAAAGAGAAAAGAAAAUUAUGCGGAUAUCCAAUUCACCUUAAAAAUUACAAAAAAUAUAGAUUUUUUAAGAUUUAGGUUUCAUUUGAAAUUUUAUUUGCAUUUUUUCAUUUCAAUGUAAAACCAAUUAAGAAAGCUUACGACGAUUUUCAAAGUUAUAAAAGCUCUCGUGAAAAUGGAUGAAAAUGUAAAGUGAAGAAAAUUAUGCUUUCAUGCAUUUUUUGGAGGAAAAUGAUUCAAUAAAUGCGUUUUCAGUACAUUAAA